AUGGACAAUAAUAUCUUAAAUAACAUAAGUGAAGAAAAAAACAAAAAAAAUGUUAAAUUUAAAAACACUGAAUUGGAGUCAACUUUAAUGAAAUAUACUAAAAAAGAGUUAGCAAAUAAUAGUGAAAUUAUUAGUUUACCUAAGAAUGAAAGAAAGUUAAAAUAUGAGAGUUUUUCAUUGAAUAAUAUGGUAAAAAAUAUGAAUCAAGAAGAAUUAAUAGAAGAAUUAAUGGUUGAUUUAUCUUCUUUAUUAGUAAAACUAAGGAAUAGUUUGGAAGAUUUGCAAUUAGAAAAAUACAAUUUUAAUAAUAAUAAGAAAAAUGCAAUAGAUUUGGUUAGAGUAUGUAUUUCAGUUGGAUUAAGAGUAGGCGUAAUAUUGGAAGAAAAAUGUACAGAUUUAGAGGAAAAAUGUUUUGUUUUAACUAAUUAUUCAUUAAGUUAUAACUGGUUCACAUAUUGGAAUGAUAAUUUUCCAAAAAAUAAUGGUAUUUCAAAUGAUAUACAAGAAUUUAAUGAAAUAAAAUUUAAUAAUAUGAUAUUUCAAAAUAAAAGUAUUAAUAAUGAAGAAUAUCAUAUAUGCACUAUAAAUUGUGUAAAAUAUGAAAAAUUUGUUAGUGACUUUAAAAUGUUAAGUAAAGUAGCAAAUAAUCUAUUUAAUCAAGCAUUUAUGAUGAGUAUUUGGAAUACAAAAAAUGAUAAUUUUAUUGAAAUUGAAUAUUUCAGUAUUAACAAUAUACAAUCUAAUUUGGAAGAUAACAUAUAUUACAGUGAAAAUCAAGAUUGUAAUCAAAUCAUACCUGAUAAUAAAUUAAUUAUUACAAAUUUUAAUGACAAUUAUAAAGUUAAUAGAAAUAUUCUGCAAAAUCAAAUUGUUAAUCAAGUUUCUAUUGACAAAAAUGUAAUUGAAGUCGAAGAAGAUUAUGAUGAGGAAAUUAAUGAUAAUUUAAGCAAUAAUAUUAACUAUAUUCUUUUACCAAAAAUGAUAGUAGGCUCAUCAUCAAUAAAUGAUUUGAAUUCAAAUAAUUCUGUAUUGGAAAUAAAUAAUGGCAAUAGUAAUGGUUUUCAUUAUUCAGAAAUUCAAUUUGAUUUAAGAAAUAAAAUACGUAGAGCUUCUAUUAUCAUGGAGAAUAUUGAUAUUGAAUCACUAAAUGAAUGUAAAAACAAGGUUGCAAAUAUUAAACAUUCUAUGAUAAAAAUUAGGGAAGUACAGGCUGAAAUAUAUAAAUUAAUUAUAGAAAGUACUGGAGAAAUAGAUUAUUUAGAAGAACAAUCAGCUUUAGCUCAAAUUAACACAGCACAGGGUGCAUCAUUUGUAGCAAAAGGAAGUAAGUCAAAGGCUAAUUGGUGGCCAUUUCAUGGCUCUACUGCUGGUUUAGUUUGUGGAGGUGCUGCUGGGCUAAUAUUGGGUCCUUUCGGUGUAAGUUUUGGUGCUGCUAUUGGCGGUGCUUUAGGAUUAACAGUUGGUAAUAUGAUGAAAAAUCAUUGUCAUGAAAAAAUGGAUAAUAUAAUACAAGAAUGUGAGGCAAGAACAAGUAAAAAGAUCUUCAGAAAUUCAGGUCAAGCCAAGGGUAAUCAAGUAACAGAGAAAAAGUUUAAGGUUGAUUUUAUUGAAAAAGGAAAUUAUUUUGAAUCUAUAAUUAAUAAAAAAACGGAAGAAAAGUAUCAAUUAUUAUUAGAGGUUAAAGAUGAACAUGAAUUAAAUCCAAGUAAAUUUAAUGAAAGUAAUUCAAUAAUAGAAGAAAAAUAUGAUAAAUAUAUAUCAAAAGCAACUCUGAACGAAAUACUGGAAAAUGUAGAUAUAAUACCAUAA